CCACCACCAAACAGAAAGCAGAAGAGAACAACCACAGCAACUCAGAUUAGUAGUUCAAAGCUAAGAAAUCAGGGAGCAAAGAGUUAUAGAGCAAGUUUUUUGUGGAAUUUCAAUGGCAGUAGUAGUAGUACUCAAUUCUUGUAAGCUUGUUUUGGUCUCUGCUAUGAUCAUGGCGUCGGCAGCGAUGAUGAUGACCGUCAAUGCCAGUGGGGAUAACCACAAACACCACGUAAUCCUGCCGACAACCACCACCACCGGAUCCGCAUGCAACGGUUCCAUAGGCGAAUGCUCAGAAGAGUUUGAGUUGGACUCGGAGAUUAGCCGCCGCAUUUUACAGACCACCAGGUACAUUAGCUACGGCGCACUCCGGGGGGACACCGUACCUUGCUCCCGCCGUGGCGCUUCCUAUUACAAUUGCCAGCCCGGAGCUCAGGCCAACCCUUACAACCGUGGGUGCAGCCGUAUCACAAGGUGCAGGGGCUGAGCCUUUUCUUUCUUUACUUGAAAAAUAAAUA